AGAAUGACGAAUAUGUGGAAGGUGGUGAAGCCGGUGGUGUUGAUGGUGAUUGUGCAGAUAGCAAAUGCAUGGAUGAAUGUUCUCUACAAGCUUGCUGUCAACGAUGGCAUGAGCCUCAGAGUAGUUGUUGCCUACCGCUAUAUCUUCGCUACUGCUUUCAUUGCUCCUCUUGCUUAUAUUCUCGAGAGGAAGACAAGGACAAAGAUGACUUGGACCAUUCUCUUUCAGUCAUUCUUGUGCGGUUUAUUUGGGGGAGCAUUGGCUCAAAACUUACAAAUGGAAGCGCUUGCUUUAACUUCUGUAACAUUUGCAACCGCCAUAUCCAACUUGAUUCCGGCUAUCACCUUCAUCUUAUCCCUCUUUUUUGGAAUGGAGAAAUUGAAUCUGAGAAAAGCAGCAGGAAAGGCAAAGAUAAUAGGAACAAUGACUGGAAUUGGCGGGGCAAUGUUGAUGACAUUCUAUAAAGGCGUGGAAGUUAAGAUGCUAUCCUUUCACAUUAACCUCUUCAAUCAACGAAAUAGCGGCGGCUCAUCACAUGGUGGCGGAGGGUUAUUCUUGGUGGGUGCUGUGUCGUCGUUCUUCUUCAACGCAUCUUAUGCGUUGUGGCUGAUAAUUCAGGCGAAGAUGAGUAGCGCAUAUCCGUAUCCCUAUUCAAGCACUGCACUCAUGUGUUUAAUGGCUGCACUUCUGUCUGUUAUCUUCACAUUUUGUGUUGAGAGGGAUUUGAGUCAAUGGAAGUUGGGUUGGAAUGUCAGGCUACUCACUGUAGCUUACGCUGGUAUAGUGGUUUCGGGAGUGAUGGUGGCUGUGACAUCGUGGUAUCUACGCAUGAAAGGUCCAUUGUUUGUCUCUAUUUUUAGUCCUCUCAUGCUAGUGGUUGUUGCUUUUGCUGGAUCCACCAUUCUUGAUGAAAAGCUAUAUCUUGGAAGCAUAAUUGGAUCGUUGUUGAUUGUGUGCGGCUUAUACCUGGUUCUGUGGGGUAAAAACAAAGAGAUGAUGAAAAAUCAACUAGUGCCAAUAUGCCAUCAAUAG